UUGUUUUCACCUUUUGCAUCUUCGAAAGCGGUUCAUUUACAAACAAGAAUUUUGUAUUAAAUACUAUAUCGAAAUGCUAUUUUACUCGUUCUUUAAAUCGUUAGUUGGCAAGGACGUGGUCGUGGAGCUGAAAAACAACCUGAGCAUAUGCGGUACGCUUCAUUCUGUCGAUCAAUACUUGAAUAUAAAACUUUCGGAUAUAAGCGUUAUAGAUCCGGAUAAAUAUCCACACAUGUUGUCAGUGAAGAAUUGUUUUAUUCGCGGUUCUGUGGUGCGUUAUGUGCAGCUACCAGCAGAUGAGGUUGAUACACAAUUGCUACAAGAUGCCGCAAGGAAAGAAGCAACUGUUUCAACGAGAUGAACAUAACCUGUGAUGUGGAAGCUGUAAAUAUUUGUAAGGAUAAACGUUAAAUAAAUUUUGUAUUUAAUA